GGGCGGCGGCGGCGGCUCUGGCGGGGCGGGGAAGGGAAGGGGACAGGGACGGGGGAGGACCGGCACGGGAAGGGAAGGGAAAGGAAGGGCCGGGCCGGGCCGGUGGGGUCGGAGGAGCGGCCAGCAUGGAGCACCACCAGCCCGCCAGCCGAUACCGAGUGCUUCACAAUGAGGAUGACCCACCAGAGUCUUCAGCCGCUGAGCAGUCUUCCACUUCUACAGAGACUACACAGACUCCUCAGACAGCAGCCAUAUCUGAAGCAGAUACUUCCCCACCACCUUACUGUAGCAUAGCCGUAGAAGCAGCUGCAACUUCAGAAACACACAAUGAAUUUUACCCUGUACCACCUCCAUACAGUGUAGCUACCUCUCUUCCUACAUACGAUGAAGCAGAGAAGGCCAAAGCUGCAGCAAUGGCAGCUGCUGCAGCAGAAGUUGCUCAACGACACGCCCAGUUUAGGGAGUCUAGGAGUCUGUUUGAUGAAAUAUUCCUCAGUCGUCCCGAGGAAGAAGAGUAUCCACCACGAGAUGAUUUCAGUGAUGCAGAUCAGCUUAGAGUGGGCAAUGAUGGCAUCUUCAUGUUGGCAUUUUUCAUGGCAUUUAUUUUCAACUGGAUUGGAUUUUGUUUAUCCUUCUGUAUAACGAAUACCAUAGCUGGAAGGUAUGGCGCAAUCUGUGGAUUUGGUCUCUCCCUGAUCAAAUGGAUUCUCAUUGUACGGUUUUCAGAUUACUUUACUGGAUAUUUCAAUGGACAGUACUGGCUUUGGUGGAUAUUCCUUGUACUUGGACUUCUCCUGUUCUUUCGAGGCUUUGUCAAUUACCUUAAAGUCAGAAAUAUGUCUGAAAGCAUGGCAGCUGCUCACAGAACACGAUUUUUUUUCUUGUACUAAAGACUGCAUCGAACAGACAUUCCUUUCCUAUACCAGUGUGAAAUUUCCAGAUGAUCUGUAACCCUCCAAGUUAAUAGGAUAGAAGACUACUAAAAACAGAAGACAAAUUAGUGAAGAUACAGCUUCAAAAACGAAUGACAGGAUGGUUUAUGCUCAAGUGCCCACUGUGGUCAUUCUAGUAAAUAUUUAUAAUUGCUGCCUUUUAUUUCAGCACAUUUGCACAUGUGCUUGUUAAAGAGAUAGUACUGAAGUAAGAACAAACCAUCUGUUAGUAUAGAUUAGGUACAGUCAGACUUGGUUAAUCUGUGAUUGUUGUAUCUGACAGAUGUGUUUUUCACAGCACGUGUGUACCUCUGACUUGUUGACCUGAGGUUUGAGUAAAAUGAAAUGCAUUAAAUGAUUCAGAUUAACCAGUUCAGGCAGUUUUUUUUCUAUAUUUUAGAUUCAUCUAAUUAUAUAAUUACGUAGAACUUUUUUGUUAAGUUUACUAAAACCCAAUGUUCCUUGGUGUCACAAAUUUGUACUCAUCCAUAUUUUAUCAAAUUCAAACCAGUAUACUGUUUUACUUAAAGCUGAUGCUCCAUGUUGAGUCCCCUGUAAAUAAUUCUGCAUAAGUUACUGUUUGAGUUGCUUCUUAGGAAUUACAGCAAAAUACAUUUUGCAACAGCAUGUUCUCCAAAUUUUGUUUAAUCUUCGUAUGACUACAUAUUUUCUUGUUAAUUUGGCCAUUAAGGGUAUAAUUACUGUUAGAUGUAAUUUUGGAGGUAAAGGCAUUGAAUUGUUUGUCUUGUCACAACUUUCCUCACAAGGAUUUUUAUUAUCUGUUUUGGGCUUGAUCCUGAAAGCCCUUAUUCUUAUGCAUGAUCCCAUUAAAAGAUGGAGUUCAUGUUAGCAGGGAUGGACAGCCUUGCAUCUGUAGCCCUUAGUUAUGCAGUUGGAUCCUUGUGCGUGCACCUUUGUUCCUGAAACAGAGUAUUGCAAAUGUAUUCCCUGACUUAAACAGUGGCUCUGUUUAAGAAGUCUUGAGUUCAAUAUAAGCUCAACAUCCACUCUUAGAGUAUAAU